AUGAGCCAGUCCGCUCCUCCUGCUGCGGUUAUCGGAUCAAAAGGCUGGAGAGACGCUACGGUCCGCUCGAUCCUGCGCGCGCAAGAUCUCGUGCGCAAAACUCGUGUUGGUCAACUUGCCUCCUCUACACGCACAGUCAGGCACAGUCUUGGGAUGUUUUCCAACAGAUCUCCACAGUCGAGCGCUUACAGUGGGCACUAUAGUGUUGAAAAGGAGCACGAUGAGAGUGAAUUGGAAAAGAAAGCUCACUUCCGAAGGAACCCCACUGGAACUAUGUUUACUUCUGGAUUUAUCAGCGGUCCCUUUCCCCCGCCGGCCUUGCGUGAGCAGAGCGCAGUGGUCAGCAUGGGCAUAGCGGGAGACUACAUGCGCAGUGUGAGAGAGGUGGAGGGUCACCUGCGCAAACAGGCGGCCAGGGUGUCCCAGGAGGGCACCAGGGUGGAGCAUCAAAGGGAACGACUGGAGAAGUUACUGCGUGGUCUGAGGAAAGCUUUACAGGUCAACCAGCAAAGUUCAGAUGACAGGAUGUUUCGACCAGCCACCUCGGAGACUAAACGGGAUGGAGCAGACGAUCUUCUGCGGUGUGAACGAAGGGAAUUAAAUGUACUGAAACAGGAACUGGAGACCACGUUGAGAAAGACUUUGACUCAACAGCAGGCUUUGGCUGAGAGCAGUAGGCAGCUGUUGGAUUGCGCCUUUGAGAGGUCCAGAGUAACAGAGCUGCUUCCCCAGCACGGUUCACUUUCAGCGGGCGUGAUCACCCACACCUCUCCCCUCUCGUUGAAACCUGACCCUGCUGGACCAUUUACUCCAGAAUGUAAACAGGCUUUGGAUUGUUCAGCAUCAGUCCUGCGUGAAUCUCACCAACUCAGAGAAAACACGACACAACUCAUGACUCGUGUCGUCAGAAAACAAACGGCUCUCCACCAAUCAACCAGUGACGCUCUGCUGAAGAAAAUGACCGAAACUGUUAACCUGGAGCAACAUCUCACACUAUGCUCGGCUGCCACGAGACAGGCCAUUUACCGCAAACAGAGACAGAUGCAGUGUGCCGGAUACAGUCUUGGCAAAGCACUGGGCCCAGUUUGCAGCGCUGAUCUGUUUUGUCGUGAAAGGUUAAGCAGGCCCAUGACUCAGAUGUACGGUCGGCAUUCAAGCAUUGGGCUGCCAGAGUCUGACCUGCUCACACAGGGCAGUUUUAUGCUUCAAAGGCAUCUUAAAUCUUCACGUAAAGAGCUUGCAGAUCUGCAGACUACCCACCGGCUUCUUGAGGAUGACCGGUAUGGAAAGCAUGCCGCAGUCAGCGUGGAUUCUGCUAUCGCCAGGCUGCGGCGAAGACUUCCACGUCCCCAAUCUGUCCGACCUUCAACCAGCUAAAACUCCAUCCACAGC